UAAAUAGUUCACGGGUUUAUUGAAGAGAAGCAUUCGUCUGUCGUAAUUGGCAUUAAAGAAAUAAAGUUAGCAUGGCGGCAUUUAGCAGUUGCAGGAAACGCACGUGGGAAUGUUUACACUCGGCACUCCGUCAGCUGACUGGAGAAAGGGCAGAAACAACUGAAGAUGAUUUUAUUAUCAGAAAGAGGGUGAAGAAGGAAAAUUUUUCCAUAAUGUCAGAUGCAGGGAAACUGAGUAGUAGCUUUGUUUCCACAGUAGGGGAUGACAGCAUAUAUAAUCCAGAGCCCCAGGGAAUAUUAAAGGACUGUUUGCUGCAACUGUGUUCUGAAGCAAGAGAACUAUACUUAAAUAAUGAAGUUCCCAUCUUGGAUAUCGUCCCAACUCCAUUGCAAUUCUACCGAGACUGGGUUGCUGCAAACAAGCCAGUAAUCAUUAAAGGAGCUGUGAAACACUGGCCAGCAAUUAAGAAGUGGUCUUUUGAUUACUUGAGGAGAAAAAUUGGCGACAAAAGAGUUAGUGUAGCAGUGACACCCAAUGGUUAUGCAGACGCUCCAAACAAAGGGUAUUUUGUGAUGCCAGAAGAACGAUUCAUGUUAUUUGCUGACUUCCUAAACAUUAUGGAAAAGCCAGAUAGCCAGCCAGGGAUCUAUUAUGUACAAAAGCAAAACUCAAAUUUUACUGAGGAGUUUCCUGAAAUCUUAGAAGAUGCCUCUUCAGAAGUUUCUUGGUUUUCUGAAGCUCUUGGAAAAGAACCAGAUGCUGUGAACUUUUGGAUGGGAGAUGGGAGGGCUGUUACAUCAAUGCACAAGGAUCACUAUGAAAACAUCUACUGUGUAGUGUCAGGCUACAAAGACUUUGUACUCCUGCCACCAUCAGAUGUUGCCUGGGUGCCUUACAAGAAAUAUCCUGCAGCAACCUAUAAGGAAGUGCAGCCUGGAGAGUUUAUCAUUCAAGAAGACAAUGAGACAGGAUAUGUGCCUUGGAUUUGCAUUGACCCAUUAGAACCAGAUCUUGAAAAAUAUCCUCAGUACAAGCAUGCUAGUCCAGUUUUUUGCAGAGUUCAUGCAGGAGAUGCUCUAUUUCUGCCCUCUCUCUGGUUCCACCAUGUUAGGCAAUCACAUGCCUGUAUAGCUGUGAAUUAUUGGUAUGAUAUGGAAUAUGAUAUAAGGUAUAAUUAUUAUAAAUUCAUACAGAGCCUUACAUGGACUGAGGAACCCGAAUAAAAGAGAUUACUGUGAUUAUACUAUUGCUGAGCAUAUUGCUAGUAAACACUCCCAACAUGAAAUCUACAAUGACACCAAAAUUGUAAUUGAUUUUGAAAGAAAUACACAUGCUAUAGCUUUCCUUA